GGCUUCCCGCACCUCAUGACAGGUGCGAGACUGAAGGGCACCAUGAAGCCAGCAAAGAGAAAGAAAACCGAAGAACCCGAGCUGGAGCCCCUGUGCUGCUGCGAGUACAUAGAUCGGAAUGGGGAGAAGAACCACAUGGCUGCUUGUUUGUGUGACUGCCAGGAUCUCGACGAGGGCUGUGAGAGAUGGUUUAUGUGUAAAUCAGUACAGCCAGAGACUUGCGAAAGAAUCAUGGAUACGAUUUCUGAUCGCCUCCGAAUUCCUUGGCUUAGGGGAGCGAAAAAACUUAACAUUAGCAUCGUCCCGCCACUGGUCCUGCUGCCCGGCUUCCUGCACGUGGCGUCCUGGCAUUUCCUCCUGGGGGCAGUGGUUUUGACCUCCCUUCCUGUGCUGGCACUGUGGUACUACUACCUCACUCACAGAAGGAAAGAACAGACUUUGUUUUUCCUGAGCCUUGGACUGUUCUCCCUGGGCUACAUGUACUAUGUGUUCCUGCGGGAAGUGGUCCCCAGAGGGCGCGUGGGGCCCGCUCGGCUGGCUGUUCUCACCUGCGGGUUAUUUCUAAUACUCUUCGCCUUGUACAGAGCCAAGAAGAAUCCAGGCUACCUCAGCAGUCCAGCCAGCAAUGCCACCUCCCUGAGCAGCAGCCAAAUUGAAUGUCUGAGCAAAAAAGCGCAGGAGAAGACCAAGGGGUUCCUCGGAGCAGACCCCUCGGGCAGUCUCAGCAGCCGCGCAGUGAAGGAUGAUCUUAAGGGUUCCGCCAGGGCGGUGGCCGGAAGCCCCACCAAGGCGAAGGAGGACUGGUGCGCCAAGUGCCAGCUGGUGCGACCAGCCCGGGCGUGGCAUUGCCGGAUCUGUGGCAUGUGUGUGAGGAGAAUGGAUCAUCACUGUGUCUGGAUAAAUAGCUGCGUUGGAGAGUCAAACCAUCAAGCAUUUAUACUUGCCCUUCUGAUCUUCCUGCUCACUUCGGUGUAUGGAAUAACACUCACCCUGGACACCAUUUGUAGAGAUAGAAGUGUCUUCACUGCGCUCUUCUAUUGUCCUGGAGUUUAUUCAAAUUACAGCUCUGCGCUGUCCUUCACCUGCGUGUGGUACUCUGUGAUCAUCACCGCGGGGAUGGCCUACAUCUUCCUGAUCCAGCUGAUAAACAUCAGCUACAACGUGACCGAGAGGGAAGUGCAGCAGGCCCUUCGGCAGAAGACUGGGCACCGGCUCCUCUGGGGGCUCAUCGUGGACACGGGCCAGUACAACAGGGGCUUCCUGCGGAACUGGCACGAGUUCUCCACCCUGGGCGCACGUCCGUUCCACCACCCUGCCGAGGACAUCGUCUGAAGUGCCUUCCGCGCCGCUCCGAGGGCAGCUCCGCCUCCGCCUCCUCUCCACGUUGCACUUCCGUGUCCACGCAGAAUGUUCGUUGCUGUCCCCAGGUUCUCACAGGCGCUCCAGGGCCACGCUCAGGUUUGGAGACUGGACUGGAGAGAAGUUAAUUUUUCUGACCUCACAACUGAAGUUUUUUAUAGUGAAGCAGUCAAAGUAGAGCCAUUUCUUUCCAGUCACCUUAGUAAUUGAUGGCAGUCACCAGGAGUUGACAAGGACGUGGAUUACUAAUGCACAAACUGACAGAAGCAGUUCUUGUCCAUUAGUAUGGAGGAAGAGUUUUGGAUUAGGAUUGUUUCUAGUCCCCCUUUCAAUUACUAAUAGCCAUGUGACCCUUAGUUGAGUCACUUUCCGAAGUCUCAGGUUCAUCUGUAAUGUGGGGUAUCGAUGCCUGCCCUGGCUACCGCAGAGGCAGUGUGGGGGUCUCGUGAGGAAGGAAGCGUGUGGAAAGCACUACCAAACACCGGAAGCACUGGAGGUGUAAAGUGUUACUGGGAAAUCCCAAGACUGAGGAGGAAUGUUUGUAGGUCCGAAUACUGAAGCCAGUUUUAUCAGGGUCAUUAGAUUUCAAGCAUGUACCAUGUUGUACAGCAAUGAGGAUUUCUCCCUAAGUAUUAGAUGCUAACUACUCUUACAGGGUAGGAGGAGACUAGAUGGUUGAAGCUAGUCGUCUGAGCCUGAAAGGACAGUUGGUUACAGUGAUGAAGAUCAUUGUUUUCAGUGUAAUACAUGUCACGAGUUUAGGUGAUGGGUCUUAGCUUUAUGUAUUCUCUUGGAUGUACUGUGUGACUGGCCGCAGGAGGCUUUUAUGUUUUUCCCUCUUUCUGUGCUUCACUUGGUAAGGUGCUAACACACUGUGGUGGCGGCGGAAGAGGAACACACACUCCUCCGGGAACACUUUACUCUCUCCUGGGAAGGGAGGCUGGUUAAUAUCAAGGGCUUGAUUUUUUUUUUUUGUUCAUUUAAUUCAGAUGCUGUCAGUUUAUAGCACUAAAUUGCAAAAAAUCAGUCCUGUGGCAGUCACGUUAUUCCGGCAUGAACUUGCUUCGAAGCCUUGAUUGACACCUUCGCGUUUAACUUGCACAUUACUUCUCAUUCACCUUCCUUACCUGAAAGUGUCUCGCCCGGAGAGAAAGAACGGGGUAUGUGUGAUUUCCACAGAUUAAUGGAUUACUGUUCCUCCUUGUUCUUUCCCAAAUAACAAGCUGUUACUUUAAUCAUAUCUCAAAACUGAAAAUACAUAAAGGAUUACGUAUUUAUAUAGAAUGGGUUAUUCUGCCAAAGAAUUAAGAUGGAGUUUCAGACGGGGAAAAAUAAACUCUCUUGAAGUGUUUGGUUUCACAUAUGUACUGUUCUACAGUCCCAAAGAUAAUUCAUGAAUCCUUCCGUUUUCCUUGGCUUGUCCCUUCCUCCAGGGAAGAUACUGCAAGCUUGUUCUGUGAUGCUGCGCAUGCUGCCUUAGCAGUGGGUUCAUGAGCUGAGAGGAAAUACAGCUACUUCCUGCACUCUGCUCUCUGUCGCUAACACUGUCCCUAAUCUCUCCAUUAAGUGGGGCUGUCCUCAGCACAGUCAUCACCUUUUAUUCAGGCUUGUCAUUGCUGUCCCCAGAGAUAAACUGUUUAACGAAGGACAGGCUCCGUAUUCCCCUGGGAUGAGGCAAGGGGUAAGCCUGGGGCUGGAGCAGACGCUGCGGUUUCCAGUCAGGCCCUCUCCUUGGCCCAGAGUCAGAUAUCUGCUUAGAAUUAAACUUGGCUCUGUUAUCCCGUUACCCUCUGUGUAGAUGUUUAGAUAAGAGAAAUGGUAAUAAUGUCAAGGACAGCACAUGUAGGCCGAAAUUGGUGGUUUCCACGUCUCUUGAGUGCCGACUGUAUAGCCAACUCUGAUUUCUAGCAAUUGAUAAUAAAAAUUCAUAGAAACAUUAGUGCAGUCAAUAAUUGUAGCUCGCCACAUCCUUCACAGCAGUCCAAAUGUGACGUGAUGAAGAUGAGUAGUAGCAAGCGAAUGAAGCCAUGGGAGAGAAUUAGGAAGGUUCGCUGUCUUUGUAACAAUGCUGCCUAACCAGUUUGGCUGGGUAGGAGCUCCCUGCAUAUUAUUCUGACCAAUUGGAAUUACGAUGCUUAUUUUAAGCUCCUUGAGAACUCACUACUGGCACUUUACAGGAGAAAGCUCAGACCUGGAGGGUUUUGGGUUUUGAGGGCUAAAAGCCUUGUGAAGUGUUUGGACCAAAAGGACAAAAAAAAAAAAAAAAAAAAAA